GUAACCAAGUAGACUAAGGUCGAGUUACACCGGUUCCUGUCUCUCUCUUUCCCAAAUGCAGAUAACUCCUCUGCUCUUCAUUUAAUCUUUUCUAAAGCUAGAACCCCAUUUAUUUUUUGUUGAGUUUGAGGCCUCUGCAAGGGAUCUACAACCAACUGAAAAGUACUUAAUCUUACAUUUGGAAUGUUCUGAAACAUUCUGGAACCUUCUGGAACAUUUUAGAACCCUGUUGACAUCUUGAAGCCACCUGAGGAACUGAAGCUAUUUUUUGUUUUUCUCUGACUAGUCUGUGGUCUCUACCUGUCUGUACUGGUCUUUGCUGGUCUGUACUAGUCUGAACUGGUCUGUAGUGGUCAGGAUGCGAGGGUUAGAGCUAAAGGCCCUCGGUGCAGCGUUGCUGGUCCUUUCAGUGGUUAUCACCUCUCAUUGUCAGUCGGACUCUUCAGACUGCUCCCAGGCUGAGUCAUGUGACCUGUGUGUCGGAGACUCCACCCUAAAUCUGACUGGCUGUGUCUGGAGGGUCUGCGGGAACAGUAAUGAUACUGGGUGUGUAUCCGAUCAGGGUGAUUCUCAGAACUGUAAUGUGACAAACGACCCAGCCAUGUGCACAGUCAUAGAGAUAGCGGAAGAAGGUGAAGGGGACUCAGAUGAGUCUCCUCCAGAGCCAUCAGAGUUCUCCCAGGCCAGCUUUGACAUGUCCAGUUUCAUAGGAGGAAUCAUCCUGGUGCUGUGUGUGCAGGCUGGGGGAUUCUUCGCCAUGCGCUUCCUCAAGAAAGAUACCACCUACGACCCCAUAGAGCAGCCAGCCUAGAGGAGAGGAGAGAGAGAAGAGGAGGACAGUGAAAGAUGAAGGAGGGAGGGAUGAGGGGGAGCUGUGACUCACCAUGCUGUCACGAUGCUUUGCAUGACGUCAAUCUACCAUACUCCAGUGCGUGUGUUAUACUUUUUUGUGUGUCUCAGAUGUGCACCUGUCGGUCAUUUUGUUUGUUUGACUGACCGUCCAUUAUGUUGUGUAACUCCUGUUUGUGUGUGUGUGUGUGUGUGUGCCCAUGUGUGUGUGUGCCCAUGUGUGUGUGUGUGUGUGCCCAUGUGUGUGUGUGUGUGUGUGUGUGUGUGUGUGUGCCCAUGUGUGUGUGUGUGUGUGUGUGUGUGUGUGUGUGUAUUCCCUUUUUCCUGUCAGUUGGCCUAAAUGCCUUCUGAAUUUACAGUUGGCAAAUAGUAUUGUCUUAGAAGGUUGUAGUUAUGUGAAUGUGUAAUGAUUUUCAAUCGUGUUUAAACAUGUUCGUUAAUUUGUGUUGUUGAACUGGUUUGGCUUGAGCUGCGUUCAGGAGGGAGGGUUCUGGGAUCUGUUCUGUUGUUGUGUUGUUUAUGAAAAUAAAGAUCAUGCAAAAUAA